ACACCAACCAGUACACCAGCUCUGCCAUCGUCGCUGCCAUCAAUGCCCUCACCACCGACAGCACCAUAGAUAUGAACGAUGGGAUUCCCAUCAAGUCGAGGAAGACCGCCAUCGACCACACCCCGUCCAUGACUCUCAAAACUGAACCGGCUGGCGAGGAUCAUGGGACCAUAUCGCCAACGGCCGAUUUGUCACCAGAAGACUUCUCCAGCUUUCAGCACAUCAGGAAAGGAAACUUCUGUGAGCAGUACCUGUCCGUGCCACAGCAUCCCUACCAGUGGGCCAAACCAAAGUCUCUUUCUCCAACGUCCUACAUGAGCCCAUCCCUGCCUGCCCUUGAUUGGCAGCUGCCAUCUCACUCAGGACCUUACGAACUGCGUAUUGAAGUGCAGCCGAAAUCCCACCACCGAGCUCAUUACGAGACGGAAGGCAGUCGAGGGGCUGUGAAGGCAUCUGCAGGGGGCCACCCUAUUGUGCAGCUACACGGUUACUUAGAAAGCGAGCCGCUCACGCUACAGCUGUUCAUCGGGACUGCAGACGACCGCCUGCUGCGACCCCAUGCUUUCUACCAGGUUCAUCGAAUCACCGGGAAGACCGUUUCCACCACCAGCCACGAAACAAUACUUUCCAACACCAAAGUCCUGGAAAUUCCGCUUCUUCCAGAGAACAACAUGAGAGCAAUCAUCGACUGUGCUGGGAUAUUAAAGCUCCGAAACUCUGACAUCGAGCUGCGCAAGGGAGAAACGGACAUCGGUCGGAAGAACACGCGCGUGCGGCUGGUCUUCAGGGUUCAUAUCCCGCAAGCCAACGGCAGGACCCUCUCCUUGCAAGUAGCCUCCAACCCCAUCGAGUGCUCUCAGAGAUCUGCCCAAGAACUGCCUCUGGUGGAGAAGCAAAGUACUGACAGCUUUCCUGUUAUUGGAGGGAAAAAAAUGAUACUGACUGGCCAUAACUUUCUGCAAGAUUCCAAAGUAAUCUUUGUGGAGAAAGCACCAGAUGGUCACCAUGUGUGGGAAAUGGAAGCCAAAACCGACAAAGAAAUGUGCAAGCCAAAUUCAUUAGUGGUUGAGAUACCACCUUUCCGCAAUCAGAGAAUUACCAGCCCUGUCCAGGUCAACUUCUAUGUCUGCAAUGGGAAGAGAAAGAGAAGCCAGUACCAGCUUUUCACCUAUCUUCCUGCUAAUGUUCCAAUUAUAAAAACAGAACCCACAGAUGACUAUGAGCCUGCUCAAACCUGUGGACCAAUGAACCAAGGCUUAAGCCCUCUCUCUAAACCAUACUACAGCCAGCAGAUCAUGAUGCCCCCUGAUCCUGGUUCGUGCCUCGUGGCUGGCUUUGCCUCCUGUCAGCAGAGAAAUGCCGUGAUGUCACCCUCUCCCAACGCAAGCCCCAAGCUGCACGACCUUUCGUCCUCUCCUUACAAGUGCAUCCCCAACCCAGGCCACAGUCACCUCGGACUUCAGCAGCCCGCUGGAGGUGUCCCCACCAUACAGGAAGUGCCAAGGUCUAUAGUUGUGCACCCAAGCUCCCCCGAGCAAUCAUCUCACAUCAUGCUGCAGCCGCAGUAAAUGAAAUUAUAAGGAAUGACCUUUCCAGUACCAAUGUCCAUUCAUAGCUUUCAGUAUGGGCCUAGUAUGAAGUCCACACACGCUUUUGACUUAGCUGGCAUGUCAGCUCGAGUAGGGAGAUACCGAAUGAACUGAAGACCGUUGCCUGGUACCGCUCUGAUCUUCCACCUUACUGAAUGUCAGGAACUGAAGAUUUACCUCUUGCUUACAAAG